AGCGCUAGGUUCGGUUUACAAGCUCAACCUCUCGACUUAAUCCGGUCUCAAUCUCUCGCGGGUUGACGCAAUCAAGAAUGCAUUGGCUCACACCGAUUUUGGUGGGGCUGUUGGCCUCGUCCUUAUCAGUGUCUCUGUUGUGUGUGGCUGUGGCACCCCCAGACGAUGGCAAAUUACGGGUUUGCGUGGUGGAAUCGCGCGGCAUUUAUCGGAAAACCCCCAAGUUCUGCCCGCAGCUGGAGGCAAAGAGCAACAUCGAGUGCGUCAUCGGCGUAGACCGGCUGGAUUGCGUGCGUCGCAUCCACAAGGGCACGGCCCACUUUGGCGUUCUCACCUCCGAGGAUCUGGUGGCGGCCCGAUGGGCCAGCGUUGAAAUCCUGGUGGCCAGCGAGCUGCGUUCGCACGAGUCCAACUUUGAGUACGAAAUUGUGGCCGUGGUGGAUAACCAGGCCAAUAUUCACACCGUUCAUGAUCUCCGCCAUGCCAAGUUGUGUCAUCCCGGCUAUGGAUUAGGCAAUCACUGGACGGAGGUCCUUGCUAAUUACUUUGAGGCCGCCAUGGUCUCCAGGACUUGCGAUCCUGAGCUGACCGUCACCGAGGAUCGAAUUGCCUCCACCUCAAGGUUCUUUGGGCCCAGCUGCAAGGCUGGUCCCUGGGUGCCGGAUCCUAAGCAGGAUCGUAUCCUUAAGAGGCGAUAUCCCUCGCUCUGCGAAAUGUGCUACGAUCCCACCAGCUGCGACCAGACCGACAAGCACUGGGGACGACGAGGAGCUCUAUAUUGCCUGACCAGCGGCGGUGGUAAUGUGGCCUGGGCACGUCUCGACGAUGUUCGCAGUCAUUUUGGGUUUUCUGGCAUUUCGGCUCAGGCCAAUCCCUCGGAAUACAGCUACCUCUGUCCUGAUGGGCAUCUUCAACCCAUGAACGCCACACAGCCUUGUGUUUGGGUAGCAAAGCCCUGGCCCGUGGUGGCCGCCCGUCGCACCCACGCUGCCCAAAUUCAGCGACUGGUCACCGGAUUGACCCACGACGAGCCGGACAGCUGGCAGAAUGCGCUGCUUAGCCUGCUGGAGACGUACCAUAUCUUCACGGUGCCGCUGGACAAUGUGAUAUCGAUUGAUGACUACUUAGACCAGGCCACAGCCUUCCAGUCGGCGUACAGCUUCCCGGAAUGCAAUCCACCGCGUUCUAUCGUCGUCUGCACGACCUCCAUCAUUGAGCACGUCAAGUGCUCCUGGCUGCAGGAAGCCUCCCAGGUCUAUGGCGUCCAGCCAAACAUUCAGUGUGUGCGCACCAUGGAAUUGGAGCAGUGCCUGGACAACACCAAGUUCAAGGGCACAGAUGUGGUCGUGGUGGAUCAAGACAUGCGUGUGAAGGCUCAGAGGGACUACCACCUGGUGCCACUGCUGUACGAGUUUGCCGAGGGCAUGCACAAUCGGUAUGUGACCAUUGCCUUGGUUCACAAGGAUGCCAAGGUGGAGAGCUUUAAGGAUCUCCGCGGGAAACGGGCCUGCUUGCCCUCCUACGAAGGAGCUGCUCAUCUAGCUGUCCAGGAGACCAUAGUGAAUGCCACUGGUAAGGUGCAUUCGCUGCACUCCUACUUCCACCGCGACUCCUGCUUGUGGCAUCCGCAUCAGGGCCGACAGUGUCCGCUGCACUACCAGGGCGACGAGGGCGCCUUGCGCUGCUUAGCCGAGGGUGGAGAGGUGGCCUUCCUCAGCUCUGAUGUGUACAAGAAGUAUGUGAGUGGGAAUCUCACCGCCGACUGGGUAAUGCGCAACAACCACAAGGCCUUCCGCGUCCUGUGCCCCUACGGAGGCGUCGAAAAGCGCUCCAGCUUCGAGUACUGCUACCUGCACUGGACCACUCGUGGCCAUUUGAUGACGCACAAUUCUUCGGUGACGCGGCACAACGAGAUCUACAACUCGCUGCGGGACAUGGAUCAACUGUUUGGCCGGAAAUACAAGAGCGAGACGCGUCCGUUCACGCUCUACGGUGUCUUCGAUAACAGGACCAAUAUCCUGUUCCGGGAUACCACCGAUGGACUGCUGGGCCGGCAGGAGCUACACCGGGAUAACGCCAAGCGAGUAAUGGAGCACAUUUACGAUCGGUAUGCCACAACGCAGUACUACAAAAACAUUGAGGAAAGUGGAGCCACAAAGUAUGGCCAUGAGAGUGCGUUGAUGACCUUGCUGUUUUGUUUCCUGGGAACGCUGUGGUCGCGAUUCGCCUAGUGAUUAGGCCCAACUCAACCGAGCUCAAAUCUAAUCUUAUUUAUUGUGAUAUUACGCUAAAUUUAAGUUAAGAAUAAAACGUAGCUUCAACCAGGGCUGUAUCACCAA